AUGAAUGUUUUAUUAAUUUUAAUCUUAUGUGUUUGGAAUAUCAAUGCCUGUGGUGACGAGAAUGAUGAUGAUGAUGAAUUUAUUGAUAUUGGCAUACAAUUAAAUGGUGAUAAUCGAGAUAUUCUCAUAGCAGAUCUCAUUGCUGAAGAAAAGGAUCUUUACAAUGCAGGACAUAUUUCUGGCAUUGGUUUACAUCAUUUUCGAAUUCAACGAAGAUGCAAUCGAAGAUCUAAACGUUCAGUCGAGGAUAUAGUUGACGAACUGAAACACGACGAACGAAUUGCUUCAGUCGUUGUCGGCGAGCCAUUAGAGAGAAAAAAACGUGACUUUGUACAUGAUGAUGAGCUGGAAGCGUUGUACAAACGAUAUCGCAGCUGGAGAAAACAGCCUUCACUCUUAGAUGAUGAAGCUGACAUGAAUGGUUCAUUGUUUAAAAUGACUUUUGAUGAUGCUUUGUACAAAAAGCAAUGGUAUUUGGUGAGUUUAUCGAUGUGGGAAAUUCAAUUUGUAUUUCGUCGUUUUAAGGAGAAUGAAGGUCAAUUGAAAACUCCAGCUAAUCACGAUAUCAAUGUCAUUCCAGCCUGGCUAGCUGGCUAUUCUGGAAAAGGUGUGAUAAUCUCCAUUAUUGAUGAUGGUCUCGAUCAUAAACAUCCAGAAUUAACUGAAAAAUACUUACCUCAGUUCAGUUAUGAUUUGAAUGAUUUGAAUGAUACUGAACACGAUCCAAGUCCAAGAACCUAUGAUUCUGCCAAUAAUCAUGGUACGCGGUGCGCCGGAGCAUCGUCUGGUAAAGCAAAUAAUGGUAUGUGUGGAGUUGGUGUUGCUUACAACUCGUAUAUUGCUGGUAUUCGAGUUCUCGAUGGUCGAAUUACGACAUUACUUGAAGCACGUGCAUUAACAUUAUUUGCUGUAAAUACAUCUAUUAAAAGUGCUUCAUGGGGGCCUACUGAUGAUGGCACGAAAAUGGAAGCACCUGGUCAACUGGUAAAUGCUGCUCUUGAUUACGGCGUGACACAUGGUCGUCAUGGUAAAGGUGUUUUAUUUGUUUGGGCUUCCGGUAACGGUGGAGCAGCGGGUGACGAUUGCGGUGCUGACGGAUAUGUAUCUCAUCACAAUGUGAUAUCCAUUGGUUCGAUCAAUCAUCUGGGUAAAACAACAUAUUUUGGAGAGUUUUGUCCAUCGACAAUGGCAGUUGCGUAUACUGGUGGACGGCAUGGAAAGUCUUCGCUCGAACCGUCUAUGCCAGUUGGAGUUGUCGCCGCAGACGUAGGUGGCAAAUGUACAACAAAAUUCUUCGGUACAUCUGGCGCAGCGCCAGUCGCUGCCGGUGGUUUAGCACUGGUAUUAGAAGCGAACCCAGACUUGACUUAUCGUGAUGUGAUGCAUAUCAUCGCCGAAACAGCUCGCAUACCAAAUCUAUCUGAAACCGAUGAUUGGAUCAUUAAUGGAGCGGGCUUUCAUGUUAGCGAUAAAUUUGGUUUCGGUGUUCUUGACAUCGGACAAAUGAUUGCUCGAGCACAAAACUGGACAAAUGUUAAUCCCAGAUAUGAAUGUUAUCAGGAAUACAAUGGUACAAAUGUUGCAUUACCUAUUGGUGCUACUGUAGAAGUAUCUCUGAAUGUCGAUAAAUGCCAAAAUGUCACAUAUCUUGAACAUGUUGUGGCGAAUGUGUCAUUCACUUUUCAUCGUCGCGGUGAUGUCAAAAUAACAUUAAUAUCACCAAGUGGUACACCUUCAGAAAUGAUUUCAUAUCGUGAUAAUGAUGCUGCAAAUAAAGGUAUCACAUUUUUUCCAUUUAUGUCAGUGCAUAAAUGGGGUGAAUCGCCCGUUGGUCGCUGGACGCUCAGAAUCGAAACUCGUACACCACAAACUCGAGAUGCACAAAAGUCAGCAAUGAAAAAUGAUGCUGGUCAAUUACUCUACUUUGGAUUACGUCUCUUUGGUUCAUAUUUAUCAGAUGAUAGUAACAAUAUGCAAAAACGUCAUGAAUCCAGCGCUUUCGUUCCCGGCCAGAAAGAAUUGGAAUGGCUGUACAAACGAGAAUUAUCGAUACGACAAUCACCAAACAUAAUGCAAAAACGAGAAUUUCAAAAUCUAGCGACCGAACGACAACGACGUAAAGAACAGCAUUCUGAAGAAUCUUCUUUACUUUCAUCAUUUUGGAAACGAUUUGGCUUUUAA